CUCACUAAGAGAGCAGUAGAUUGUUUGCUGCCUGUUCGUGAUUUCGAGUAAAUGUUAAAUUGUUUUGAAGCGAAAUGUGUUUCUUUUAGUGCGUAGGACGACUAUGUGCAGUUAAAGUGCGCAUUUGGUUUAGUUAUUCUUUAUUCGUUUAUUUGUUUAGUUUAAAACCCGUACUUCGGUUGACAAAUCCAGUCAGCUGGUUGGUUAGCUCGGUUGCUAACAGUGCUUGGAUAUUUAACUCUCGCACAGCACAGCAGGAUGACGAGUUUGUGUUGAAUAAUAAACUGAUAGAAGCUGUUAACACACUGUCGUGUUUGCAAAGAUGAACAUAUCUGUCUAAAUCUACUGCGACCAAGUAGCCUUUCAUAGUUAAUUAUCCAGAAGCAGGGAUAUAUUCUCUCGUUAGCCACAUCAUUCAGCAACAUGGAUUUUCACAACGUGCUGUCCAUCGCCUCUGAAAAGCAGGGCCUCAGUUCUUUAACGAAGAGGUACAGCUUGCAACCUGGCCCUCCAAAGAGAGACCCAAAAGUAAAAGGAGUCAAUUCGUCUGCAGUGCAGGCUUUCCUUAAAAAAAAAGAAACAGAAGAAAAACGAAAAGAGCUGGUGAAAAAGCGCCAAAAGGAUGAGCUUCUGGCUAAGAGGGUUGAACUAAAAUCUGACCGAAAGGCACGUGCAAUGGCAUCUAGGACCAAAGACAACUUUAGGGGCUACAAUGGAAUACCUGUUGUAGAGCAGCCCAAGAAAAGACAGCGUAAAAGUGAAAAGGGUGAAGAGGAUAAUAAUGAUUCAUAUUAUAAUGAAGACAAUUAUGAAUAUGCAGCAACAGACUCUGAACAGGAAUCUGAACCGGAAUCUGAACCGGAAUCAAUUCCGGAAUCAAUUCCAGCAUCAAUUCCAGCGAGACCUCAGGAACGCAGUUUUGCACCAACCAAAAUGAGUAGUGUCCAGAAGAAACCCAGUGCUCCUCCGAAGGCUGCUCCAUCACAUAUGAAUUUUGCAGACCUUAUAAAACUUGCUGAGAAAAAACAGUUUGAACCGGUUGAGUUAAAACCGAUAAAGAAAACUGAAGAGAAGCUUCGCACUGCUGAGGAAAUUAAAGAGUUUGAACUUGAGCACAAAAUUAGAAAAAAGGAUAAUGGAAGAGACAGUAAAACAGAUAAGAGUUCAGGGAAAAAAGAUAGCAAACAUGGUACAAAUUUUCACAAGAAAAAUGGGACCGAUCGGGAAAUCAGGGAAGGCAAAUCACCUAAGUCCUCAAAUGAGAGACUAACCAGUGGUAUUAGUAAAACGUCAAAGCCAUCCUCACAGAGUGACCAAUCUGCUAAGUUAUCUCAUGGAGACAGAUCUAAACCAAGUUCUAACUCCAAAAGUGCCUUAAGUGGUAAAGCUGCCAUUAAAGGAAGUCCAGCCUCAGUUAAGCAGGCAUUGCCCAGACCCCAGUCUGCUGGAAAGCCCACAAACUUAAGUGACCUUAGUUCAAGGAAGGUGCAUCCUGGAUUACCUCAAGCGAAAAUGAAUAGUUCUGGGAGCCAGCGUGAACCUGCUUUUAACUCUUCAAAAUCGUCAGGACAUGGGCAAAGCAUUAAAGGAUCUGGGCAGGUGAGACCUAGUCAGAAUAACUUGAGCAAGGGAGGACCUACACAAAAGCUUGGCAAAGGAGAAGUGCCACGAUCUAGUGGGACCCCCCCUUCUCGACCAAGUAGCAAUGGACAAAUGCGCUCUGUGCCUAGUGGCUCCUCAAAACAAGCAGGAACACCACAGCCUAGACCAGGAGGCAGCUCUCAGGGUCGUCCUGUUCCCGGAGGGGCACAAUUCUCUACAGAUAGACCUAGCAAGCCUAACAGGCCAUUAAACGGCAUGGGCCCAGGUCCUGGGAGACCACAGUGUACCGUUGUUUCAGAGACCAUUUCGUCUAAAAACUUUUCAGCAAAACCAGGAAUGCCUCCAAGACCUUCAGCACCCCAAGCCCCCAAAACAAUAAUCGGACCAACAGGCCACAGAAUUUUUGCUAGACCAACCGUACCAGGGCUACCACCAAUUACUUCCAGCUACAAGCGUAGAUAUAAAGAAGAGGAGGAGUAUGAUUCAGAAAUGGAUGACUUCAUUGACAAUGAAGGAGAGGACCAGGAUGAAGUAUCAAAACACAUUAGAGAAAUCUUUGGCUAUGAUCGGAACAAAUACAAAGAUGAAAGUGACUAUGCACUGAAGUUCAUGGAGAGCAGCUGGAGAGAUCAGCAAAAAGAGGAGGCAAGAAGCUUACGCUUGGGUAUUAAAGAAGACGAGGAAGAGUUGCAUAAAGAGGAGGAGGAGAUGAGACGGAAGGAACAGUUUAAAAAAGCAAAAUGCAAAAGAACUUGAUUUUUAAGGUUAAUUGCAAACGACAGGCCUGAAAUAUCCAUACAUUAUGUAUUUAAAGUUACCAAAUUAGGGAAGCAGUUUUGCACUAUCAUGAGCCCAUUUGUACUUGGUGAGCUUUAGAGAAAGUAAUAUAUAAUGAGUUACUAACAGCGUUUUUAUAUCAGUAUAGAUUAUGUAUUGCAGUUAUGUGGUUACACAAGCAACAACUGCUUUAAUUUGUCCAGGGUUUCAAGUCUUAUUUUAUUCAUUGUGUUAUUUAAUACUGGAACAGACAAACUGCAA